AUGGACAUCCGAAGAAGGGCUACCCAAAGGGAAAUGGAACAAGGGAUGCAGGAGAUGCAGUUAGCCCAAAAACGAAUGGAAGAAGAAAGUAAACAAAGGGGUGAAGAGGCCAUAGAAGAUGGAAGGAUAGAAGAAAGGGAUGAAGCAGCUAGUAGUUUAGAGGAUGAGGCGAAGAAAGGUGAAGGUGUUUUGGUUUUGAGUAGUGCCACUCCUGACCAACCACAGGGUCAGCCUGUCUCCCUCCGUCCAGCAGUUCCAGCAACUCCGCCGCCUUCACAGCCACCUCAGAGCUUUUCGAAGAGUGCAUCGGCAUCAGAAAGGCCGACUCCAGCUUUGACGGCAAGGCAAAGUGAAGAGAAGAGGGCAGGAGAGGGUGGAAACCAGGGUUUAGAAGGGAAAGAAAGGGUUCAAGAUCCUAGUGUGAGAGGCUCCGCCAAUUCCUCUCCCAAUGGCUUAGCUGCAACCCCUCAAGAUGUGAAGAAAUCAGAAUUUGAAAUGGCCUAUACUCCUCUUUUUACUCCUGAACAAGUCCAGCAAAUGACCCAGCUUCAGCAGCGAACUCCAUGGCUGUAUGGCAUAACAGGGACGGGAUUCACGCCGUCGAUCCCGAGACCAGGGUUCUUGGAAUCUGAAGAAAGAAGGUUCAACGAAGAGCUUUUGGAAAGGGAUAGGCAGUUGGCGAUGUUGCAGAAUAGAAUGGUUGUAGAACAAAGUGAAAGAGAAGAGAUCAAACGACUUUUGGUCUCUGUCCUGAAUGAGAAUCAGAAGUUGAAAGAAAGGAUUCUAGCUGUAGAAUCACAACCUGCAGAACCUGAGGCGCGUUUUGCAACUCCAGAUAGCAUCUCCAAGGACGGAAGUGGUCAAGCUGAGCGAAGUUUUGGCAUAGAAACCACUCGUUUGCAAGGGAUGAACCUGGAGAAGGUUUUCGGUAAGGAGGCUGCAAGACCCCCAAAAGAGGACGGGUCAGUUGGCCAUCAAGUUUUCUCUGAGGCUGCAAGACCCCCAAAAGAGGACGGGUCAGUUGGCCAGCAAGUUUUCCCUGAGGCUGCAAGACCCCCAAAAGAGGACGGGUCAGUUGGCCAGCAAGGUUUUCAGGAGGCUGUGAGACCCCCAACGAUCAAAAGUUCAAAUGGUGAUUGUGGCGAAGCUUGGAAGAAAGGUGAAAGAUUUGUGGAUGGGCCCAGAGGCCAACAAGAAAGAAGUCGAGAAGAAGACUUCAACUCAAAGACUAUGGAAUUCAUGUUCCUGAUGAUGCAGUCGAUGAGAGACCUGCAGCAGAAGAUCAGCGAUGGAAAGAAUGAUGAAGGAGCGGUGAUGGGAGUGGAGGUGGUUCGCUCGGGUGCUCCAGAUUUGCCCGAUCUGAUGCCUUGGACGUCUGGGACUGGGCCACUUGAACUUGGUGAUUGGAUGUUGCUCUUGAAUCCCAUCAUCUCUGACCUCACCACCUCUUCUCAAGAGUGGUGGGAAAUCAUGACACAGGAGGUGGAAGCUUGGUAUCAGCGGCAUGUUUCAUUGAGCCCCCUUGAUCGACUGAAUCAUGGCUUUGCUGCCCCUGCUUCUCUACAACAACCUCGUUGGCAGCGAUUGGAAAGGCGGGUUUCAACUAUGAUCAUGAAGGCCAUCCCAGAAUCUUGUUGCGAAGAACUGGUGGCAGCGAGAAGAAUGGAUGUUUUUGGUGUGCUCACAUACUUGUUCACAACUUACUCACCAGGUGGUGUAGCAGAGAAACAGACCCUGCUCAAAAGCUUGGAGGACCCGGCAGAAAUCACUUCAGUUCAAGAAGCACCUGGAGCGAUCCGCAAAUGGAUGAGAUGGCGCCGUCGUGCCAAAGAAGUCGGCGCUGUGGAGCCGGACCCAGCUUUGUUGCUCAAGGGCCUCAACAAGAUGACUCGUCGGGUGCUCGAAUCGCAUCGCGACAUCCAGUUCCGUGUCUCUCUUGUCCGGAACACCCUGUCGGUGGACACAACUCCAACUUCAUCUUCGGUGGACCAACUUGCAGCACAUCUUCUUGCUGAACUUGAACAAUGUGCGAUGACUGACAAGAGAUCAAUAACCACAACGGCGAAGAAGGAGGUAGAACUUCCGAAGCUGAAGAACAUGGAGGCAGAGGCAGCAGAGGAGGGCAAGGGAAAGGGAAGAGACAGAGAAAAGAAUGAUGAAGAGAAGUCCAAACAGAAAUGCAGGUAUUACCUGACUGAAGGUGGAUGCAGAAAAGGCCGCGAGUGUACGUGGUCGCAUGAACAGCGAGACGAAUUGAGGAGAUGCUACGUGUGCGGCAGCUCACAACACUUAGCACCAAGCUGCACACGACCGAAGUCGUCUUCAACCUCCCCAGAAAAGUCUGCCCCAAAAGCGAAGCAGCUGAAGACUGAGGAAGAGAAGGUUGGAGGCAAGAAAGAAUCUGAAGAAGCAGCGGCAUCGACACAAGAUUCCGCUAUGAAAGACUUGAUAGAUGAGGCGAGUAAGGUGCUGAAAAGCAUCUCAGGAGCUCCAUCUUCAUCGGCGUCUUCUGCCAGCUCUGGAUCUGCCAAGGACUCAGAAGGAAAAGAAGAUUUGAUGGAAAGACUUCAACAGCAGUUGAACUCCCUGAGGCAGAAACAAAAAGUUCUCAGGCUUCAAAAGAUGGCGACAGGAGAUCAAGCUGGUCUCAUUGACUCUGGUGAUUUGAAAGUUUCGCAGCACAAUGGCUGCCCUCAAGUCAGUCGUCAACUGGCUUUGGACCUGAUCUCAGAAUUGGAAGAUGCAAAUCAAGGUUUGAAGAGAGGUCUUGAGAUGAGCGAUGAAUUUGAAUGGCUGCAAGCCAUGGUCAAAGCCCAUCCUGUUCUCUCGCAACUACCUGAUCACAUCAAAGAGCGACUUGCAGUGCAACCAGGUGAUUGGAAUGGUCUUCCUUGCAAUCGGAGAUGGAGGAGGGCUAUGCAAAGAGAUGGACUGCUUUUACAUCUCUACGCUGGAGAAGAUUCAGGCUUCACGUUUGGAAAGGCCUGGAAACAGUGUGGGGGAGAAGAAAGAAUUUUGUUGGAAGUAGAUGUUAAAAGAGGGAGCCAACAUGACAUGAUUCCUGACGACGGCAUCUACGCGUCUUUGAUCACUGCAGCCAUCCAGGGCAAGAUCUUGGGAAUUGCGGGCGGGCCAAACUGCCGCUCUCGCAGUGUCUUGAGGCACUAUGAGAUUCCUGGAUGUGAUACUGCACCUCGGCCUGUCAGAGCAUGGAAAGGAGAGGAGUAUGGGAAGAAAGAUUUGAGUGAAAAAGAGAAGAAAAUGGUGGAAGAGGAUGACAUCCUUUUGUGGCGUCAAAUUUUUCUUUUCAUGAUUGCAACAUAUGCUCGACGAGCUCGAGGGCAUGAUCAUCCACUGGCUUUUGUGCUUGAGCAGCCAUCUUCACCACGAGAGUACAAGCCUGAAGUUGUCUCAUUUUGGGAUCAAUGGGAAUGGCAUGAAAUUAAAAAGGAGUUUGAGUUGAAGGAGACGCACUUCACACAAAAGAGCUUGGGUGGGGAAGCCACGAAACCCACCACUUUGGGAACUUCACUUGAUUUGGUUCCAGAAGAUUUUCAAAUCAAAGGUCCUGUUUGUCCUGGGGGAGUUCGAUCGUCAAAAGAUCUUGCUCGGUGGCCACCUGGUCUGAUGCGGAUGUUAGCUGUGGCCAUCAAAGAACAGACCAUGCAAUCACAUGCAAGGAUUGCUCCUAUGUCUUGGGAGGAUCACAUCAGAUUUGGCCACGUUCCCUAUCGCAAAGACUGCAAGACAUGUCAGGAAACCCUUCAACAACAAGAACCUCAUCGCCGAGCCCGGCAUCUUCAAACUGGCACUUUGUCUCUGGAUGUGGCUGGUCCUUUCACACCAGCAUAUGACCUUGGAGGACACAUGGCACGUUGGUUUUUGACUGGCGUUUUGGUGUGGCGUGUUCCAAAAGACUCUGACAAAAUGCGCCAGCCACCAGAUGAAGAACUCCAAGGAGAAGAACCAGCUAUAGAAGAAGCUAGAGAAGCAGGAGCGGAAGAAAAAGAGGAGGCAGAAGUGCAGGUCGAAGAAGGUCAGGGGGAGCAGAGAGAUGAGGAAAGAAGGGAAGAUUUAGAAGAAAAAACGGAAGUUCGAAUUUUUCGUCUGGCACUUCCCAUGCUGAGGGAGAAAACAACAGUGAGAAGAUUGGAUGCGUCGAUGGAAGCACAAGAAGAGGAGGAGACAGAGAAGUGGAAGGUCAAAGCUAGAAUCAGAAGAAUCAUAGAAGAAGAGAUGAGAGCGAUGGUUGAAGAUGAUGAGGAAACAGCCAUGGAUGAGAUGGCUGUGAUUGGUAGACUGCGCAAAGCUGUGGAAAGUAUGGAAGACUCCGAGGAGAUCCUGCAGACCAAGAUCAUCUCACCGAAAGAAGUUUGGGAGCAUUGGGAAGAAUGGGAAGUGAGAUGGGUCAUCUGUGGAAACUACGAGGAAAAAAGAGAUGAUGAACAGACCUACAGUGCAGGUGCUGAUGCCACAGCUUUCAGACUCAUGCUGUGGUUUGCUGCGAGGAACCAAUGGCUGGGCAUGUCAUUGGACAUCCGUACGGCUUUUUUGAACGCCGUCAUUGACCAGGAGGAUCAAUCCAACUAUAUCCUGGUCGCUCCUCCUACCAUCUUUGUCAAGAAGGGCUGCUUGCGACCUGGAACACUUUACAGGCCAAAAAGAGCGGUCUAUGGGUUGAGAAGAUCUCCAAGAUUGUGGGGACUUUGCAGAGAUAGCGAGAUGAGAAGUUUUGAAGUAGAAGUAGAAAAGAAAGAAGGAGGAAAGAUCAAGCUGCAGUUGAGGCAGCUGGAUUCUGAGCCAAACCUUUGGCGUCUGGAAGAAGUUGGAAAAGAAGAAGGAAGCGAGCCAAGCAUUCAGUAUGGCUUGGUCAUGACCUAUGUAGACGACAUUUUCAUCACUGGCCCCCCUGAAGUCACCAGAGCGGUGGCACAGAAGUUCCAAGCGACUUGGACCACGUCAGAACCAGAAGUCGUGGGGGAGGAAGCCAUUCGCUUCCUUGGCAUGGAAGUGUCAACCUCAAAGAAUGCCGAAGGUCGAGAUGUUUGGCAUGUCACCCAAGAAUCCUUUGUCAAGGACCUGGUGAAACGGCAGGCCAAAGAAGUUCAGCCAAAGAAGAUCCCAAUCACUCGGGACCAAGCUCUGAUGACUUUGGACCCAAGUCCACCAACUUUGGAGAAAGUCAGAAAAUGUCAGAAAGUGGUAGGUGAACUGCUUUGGGUUCUGACGCGAACUCGUCCGGACCUCAUGUACAGCAUCUCAAGGCUGGGCUCCAACGUCACAAAAGCCACCAGCUCAGUUCUUGAGGCAGCUGAUCAAGUUCAAAGAUACCUUCUGAAAACUUGUGCAGAAGGGCUCCGCUACCAAGAUGAUGAGAAAGAACCAAUCAAGAUACAAGUUUUCUCAGAUGUCAGCUAUGCCCCCAACGAUGAAGAAUCUUUUGGAUGUUUCAUCAUCACCUUGAAUCGAGCUCCGAUUUUUUGGAGAGCCGGCCGCCAACAUUUGGUGACAUUGUCAACUGCAGAGGCCGAAUUGGCCGAACUGGUGGAGGCCAUGACCGCCGGUGAGUCUGUGGCAGCCAUUGUGGAUGAGCUGAUUGGAUAUGUGCCACGUGGAGCCUUCACUGACUCCCAGUCUGCAUUGGCGAUCAUCACAACGGAUGGAGGCAACUGGCGCACGAGACACCUUAGAACUCGGGCGUCUUACGCUCGACAGACUGUGCUGUCUGGGCGAUGGGUGAUACACCAUUCCCCGGGCGAAUUUUUGACCGCCGACAUCGGCACCAAACCUUUGUCUUCGAAACGUUUGGAGACGCUUCGAGAGAUGAUGAUGAUGGGAAGUCCACCAAAGAAAGAGGAGAUCAAACAGGAGGAGAAAGAUGAAGAACAGAAAGAAAAAGGUGAGACGCUGGCCAAAGCCAUCAAGGUCAGCGACGACAUGAUUCGUUUGGUUACCACAAUUGCCAUUUUGGCAGUGGCUAGAGGAGAUUCAGAAGAUGAAGAAGAAGAAGGAGGGUAUCAAGCCCUUCAAUCCAUGUUGGCAGUUUUUGCCAUCUUCAUGGUGCUGCUGACGCUCUUCGCCCAAUGGCUUUGGAAGGUUGGAGUACAGAUUGCAAGGCGUCAGAAUCUUUCGCCUAAAGCGACUGGAAGUCGCCCUGAAGUCAGAGGAGAAAAAAUGGGAAGAAGGGGUGGUGAGGACGGGUUGAGCUCAAGCUCAGUCCAGCUCCCAUCCGUGGCCGUUGAGAAGGGGUUGGGCUUCGGCUCAGUCCGCCUCCGGUCACUGGCUGUUGAGAAGGGGUUGGGCUCAGGAGAAAGAAUCGAAAAUGAGCUGCAGAACAUCGAGGCCGAAGUCGCAGAGAUUAGAGAAAGGUUGCGCAUCACUCCACCGGAGGAUGAACCAGAUGCAGAAGGAGAGACCAAAGCGGCUUUGACAAAGUGA